CUCUCUAUGAGGUGACACGUGGUGCAGCAUCAGUUGAUGAGUUGCUGCGUCGCAAUGACGCAUUGCUUCUUAUUUCCCUCAUAUACAUAAGUGAAACCGGCUACACCUCUGGUUAGAUCCCUGUCUCGACAUCACCCUCCUCUCCAGCUCGGAUUUCUCCUCUUCGGCCAGGUGCCAUCGUCAUCACUUCGUGCUUCCACGCUACUGGUAGCGUAGACUGACUUCACUGGCUGAUCUCAGUGAAGACACCCUCUCGCAGUGGAGCUGCUGGACAGACCUUCGCCAUGCGAUCCUUCCCAAUAUCACCGAGGUCUCCAGGGCUCCCCCUUCGCUCCAAUUGCGCACCGGCCACACGCGGCAUGAUAGCUACGAGCAACCGUCGUCAGCGACCUACCUCGCUGAACCUGUCCGCUGCGCACAGCAAGAGGGUCUCGCGGAGCUUCGACAAAUUUUCACUACCAGCAGAUUUGCCCCGGGCGGCCAUGCCAGCCAUCAAGCCCAAUGCUGGCAAGAAGUGGGUGGACGGUCAGCUGAAGGUGAAAGACUUCGGAUUGGAAGGGGAGAGACCAGUCAUGAGAGCCUCCUCCAUGCCGUUUGAGGAACCUCCAGCAUGUUCAAGACCUACGCCCGAGAGACCCAGGAGUCUCGACCCCGGUCGACUGAGCACGAGCUCAGCAACUUCAGUCGGCAGUGACAGACAGGCUGCUGGUAAGGUGCAACCACCAGUUCGCCUCAGCGCACGUCAACCUUCCAUCGACGAAGUCUCAUCAAUGCGUCCUGGCUUUGAAGUGACGAAUGUAAACAAGUCUUUGGACAGCUCCAUCAGAAAGGCAAUUCACGCUCCACGACUUUCGAUGGACCUCAUCUGGACUAGCAAAACGACUGCUGAGCCUCCUGAAGAAUCGCCGAUGGCACCGGACCUGGCGUGCCACUCCUUCGAAGAAGGAGCAUCAGUCCGCUUGCUGAUGAACACCGAGCUGGACGAGCCAGAGGCCCGGACAGUAGAGAGCGGGCUGGCCAAGACAGAGCCUGAGAGCACGAAAAGUUUGCCGGCAUCUGACCGAGACACGGGUCCAAUGUCAGACGAAGACGUCGAGAUCGCUUCGCCUUCAGCAAGCUCAGAGGGGUCGGUGUACUCCCGUCCGUCCGCUCUUCCUGCCCUACAGUCUGGACUGUGGGGUCCCAGCCGCACCUCUCGAACGUCAAAGGGCGGUCUGCUUUCGGCACUUCCCACUGGCGUAGGCGGCAACCUGAGAUCGGCAAGACCUGUGGUGACCCUGACACCAUUCCUCGAAGGUACUCCGGUGAUGAGCGCAAACACACCCGCGUCGCUGGGUGCCUGUGAGAUCGGCAGCGGCGGGACAAUGUCUAGCAAUGUGGCUUCGUCCGCAGCUCUGUCUGAGCCAUGCCGGUCCACAGAAGACACAAUGGUAGAAGACGGGGCUACAGAUGCAUCCAAGAGCCUGAAGCAACCCCUUGUUGGGCAUCGGGGCACUCUAGAGCAGCAGAGGCCAUCCGUGUGCGAGAAUGCCCUACCCCCUCGGCCUCCCGAGCCGGUAAUGUUCCAUCCUUGCAGCCACUACUCUCUUCGAACAUUGGCCAGGUCAAAUCUGCCAGAGAAGGUGCCCAUCCCAUACUCUGUGCCGAAUGACACCUCAGACAAAGGAGUGAGCCAGGCCAUCGAGAUUGAUGCAGGGCAGCCGUGGGCCUGGUCCUGUUCGCAUCCUGUCUCUGCUUCCACUUCAGCAGAAUCACAAUCGACUGUGAAGCGCCCAAAUACAUUCGAGCCUCCCCCUACAUACUCUCGAAGGCGAGCCUCGAUCUUCGAUGCCGAUCACUCGCAAGCUCAACCUGGCACUCGAACCCUUCUCGCUGUUCAGCAGUCAUGUCCUGACCCGAAGACUUUGGUGGCUGGCUUGCUGGGCCCUCGGGGACGACGACUGAGUAUUGUGCUUCCCCCUGCUGCGACGAUCAGUAAGAAGACACUGGCUGUCCAGGUGGUUGGCAAUUGACUGCGAGGCGAUCGUGUCGACGUGUGCAUCGGCAGAGCGAAUGCUUGAUUGACGGUAUCCAGGCCUAGAGGAUGCCUGCAGGGCUCACGAGGUCCUGGCGUUGUAUCUAUCUCUCCGCGCGUGUGUGCCUGUCAAGCCAGCCAAUUGAUGAAUCAGGCAGAUUCGCGUCAUUCCGCCCCCACGGUCCUUUCCGGCCGUGCAUUUCCGGGGAGCCCUUGCCG